CCACCCCCGCUCACCAUGGUCGGCAAAUCCGAGCCCAGCACCAAUGGCGCCGCCGCCGCCAAAUCCCCAGAUCUGCUCACCAGCUACUUCUCCUUCAGGGCCCUCAAGCUCAAGACCAAGCAGCAGGAGCUCCUGAUCCGGGUCUCCAUCCUCUGCCUCGUCUACGUGCUGGCCUUCGCCACCCGCCUCUUCAGCGUCCUCCGCUACGAGUCCAUGAUCCACGAGUUCGAUCCUUACUUCAACUACCGGACCACCCUGUUCCUGACCGAGAAGGGGUUCUACGAGUUCUGGAACUGGUUCGACAGCGAGAGCUGGUACCCGCUCGGCCGCAUUAUCGGCGGCACCCUCUACCCGGGCCUCAUGGUCACCGCCGCCGCGAUGUACUGGGGCCUGAGGUUCCUCAGGUUCGCCGUCCACAUCCGGGAAGUCUGCGUCCUGACCGCGCCCUUCUUCGCCUCCAACACGACCGUCCUCGCCUACUUCUUCGGGAAGGAGAUUUGGGACACGGGCGCGGGGCUGGUCGCCGCGGCGCUGAUCGCGAUUUGCCCCGGGUACAUAUCGAGGUCCGUCGCGGGGUCGUACGAUAACGAGGGCGUGGCCAUCUUCGCGCUGCUCCUGACGUUUUACCUGUUUGUGAAGGCCGUGAACACGGGUUCGCUGGCCUGGGGGUUGGCCUCGGCUUUGGGCUACUUCUAUAUGGUUUCGGCUUGGGGUGGGUAUGUGUUUAUCAUCAAUCUGAUCCCUCUUUAUGUGCUGGUCUUGUUGAUAACUGGUCGGUACUCGAUGAGACUGUAUGUGGCGUAUAACUGUAUGUAUAUUCUGGGGAUGCUGCUCGCUAUGCAAAUUCGUUUUGUCGGGUUUCAGCACGUGCAGUCGGGAGAGCAUAUGGCGGCCAUGGGCGUAUUCUUCUUAAUGCAGGUGUUCUACUUCUUGGAUUGGCUGAAGCACCUUCUAAGUGACGCCAAGUUGUUUCAAGCCUUUCUGAGGAUGACUGUGACCUCUGCUGUUGGUGUGGGUGCCGUGGCUCUGGGAGUCGGCACGGCAUCUGGAUAUAUCUCUCCAUGGACUGGCCGUUUUUACUCUCUGCUUGAUCCAACGUAUGCGAAGGACCACAUACCUAUUAUAGCCUCCGUCUCCGAGCACCAGCCUACAGCAUGGUCUUCUUUCAUGUUUGAUUUUCAGAUUCUUCUCUUCCUCUUCCCAGCAGGUCUCUAUUUCUGUUUCAAGAGGUUGUCAGAUGCCACCAUAUUCAUAGUUAUGUAUGGCCUUACAAGCAUGUAUUUUGCUGGUGUUAUGGUUCGUUUGAUUCUCGUCGCUACACCUGCUGUGUGCCUCAUAAGUGCGAUUGCGGUGUCGGCCACCAUAAAGAAUUUGACCUUAUUGUUGAGAGCAAAGACAAAGGCUCCCCAAAGUGUUUCCGGCAAAGGUGGAAGUAGCGGCAAGGCUUCUUCUAAGCAGGGCUCACUUGAUCAAUCCCAGCCUUUCCAGAAAAAUGGUGCUACUGCGCUGCUAUUUGGUGCUUUCUAUUUGCUGAGCAAGUAUGUUACCCACUGUACUUGGGUCACCUCUGAGGCAUACUCGUCCCCUUCAAUCGUGUUGGCCGCAAGGGGCGCUCAUGGUAACCGGGUCAUCUUUGAUGACUAUCGUGAGGCAUACUUUUGGCUUCGCCAGAAUACCCCUCCUGAUGCUAAGGUGAUGUCGUGGUGGGAUUAUGGAUAUCAGAUCACUGCAAUGGGAAAUAGAACUGUUAUUGUCGACAAUAACACCUGGAACAAUACACAUAUCGCUACUGUCGGACGUGCUAUGUCAUCUUAUGAGGAUGAGGCGUAUGAGAUCAUGAAGUCACUCGAUGUGGACUAUGUUUUAGUCGUGUUUGGUGGUGUUACUGGUUAUUCUUCAGAUGAUAUUAACAAAUUUCUCUGGAUGGUUAGAAUUGGUGGUGGAGUUUUUCCUGUAAUCAAGGAGCCUGAUUACCUUGUUAAUGGAGAAUAUCGUGUUGAUAAAGGUGCAGCUCCCAAGAUGUUGAAUUGUCUCAUGUAUAAAUUGUCCUACUACCGAUUUGGAGAGCUGACAACAGAAUAUGGCAAACCUCCUGGGUAUGAUCGUGCAAGGGGGGUUGAAAUUGGGAAUAAGGAUAUAAAGCUUGAAUACCUGGAAGAGGCAUUUACAACAUCUAACUGGAUAGUUAGAAUUUACAAGGUCAAACCACCAAAUAACAGGUGGUGAGAUCCAUACUCCCUCUAAGUCUUACCUUCCAUUCCAGACUCUCUUCUUUUCUUUAGAGGACAGAAAAGCAACGGUAGGACUAGACUCUGAGAUUUGAAUCUUGGAAUAUAGUGACAGAAAUGGAGGUGAAGCGUAUAAGAGAAGGUAGCGUUGGUACUAUUUAAUCCUCUUUCUCCCCCUUGGCAACUCUUGCUUCUGAAAAUGCCUUCAUGGAGAUUUUGUAAUGCAGAGGAUUUCAUUUUCUGAGGCUGUGUUGAAUGUGGUGCAUAAGAUGUUGAGCUUUUGGCAGUGUAAUUCUACCGACUUACUGCAUUGAAUGGUCGUAACAUAUUCCUACUGAUUCUCUGCUAUUAUAUUGGAUCAUUUGGUGCAGCUGGUCUUCAUGAAAAAUCAAGUGUCUUUAUCGAG